CCACGCUCCGCGCUCCACCCCGUGUGUUCCGCCUCUCCUUCGCCUUUGUCCCCGGAACUUGCGCUUCGGUGCGGGCUGCAUUGGGCUGUCCACCGCCGCGGCUUUCUGCUCGCAUCUGGAUCCACACAGUCCCAGCUACUCUCCAACCAACUCAACCAACUUUGAACGCACAGCCGAGACGAACUGCCCCGCUUCACGCCGCUAAACCUGGACAGAAAAGACUACAGAUAACCGCGUACGGAGGAAGAUUAAACACUCUCUGGCUACUUUUACACCGUGUUUUGUUUUCCCGUGGGUCAUACUUUCGUCGAUACCGUGAGGCAGCAGCUGCAGAGAGGAGCACAGAUUGUCGCCUCAAGUUAGAAGUUUUUCACGGCUGUUUUUAACUCCGCCGUGUUUUUACGCACAAACUACUGGUAACUUCUAAACUCACACCGACACCGUGUUCGCUUGUAAAUGUUAAGGUUUACACUGAUUUAAAAGCGAGUUUCACUUUUUUCUACACUCGAAAUAGUUUUGAAUGAAGUUUCUGUUGAGUUGAAGCCAAUGUCUCCACGAAGAAACUCAACGUGGGAUUAGCGCAAACCUUGUCCUAGCUUUUACGAACGCACCUGGCCGACUACGUUUUGUGAUUUUACGUAUUUUCGCGUGGUACUUUUUGCUCCCGACACAAUGAAGUCACUGUUGUUGCUGUCUGUGGCUUGCACUCUGGUUGCCUUGACUUUUUCAGCCACGGCGGAGCAAAAGUUGAAAAACUGCAACGACGUCCGCGCGGCGUACAGCUCCAAAGGAUUCAACAUCAACGACGUGCCCAACAAAGGCGUAAACGGAGCCCCUCUGAAAGUGUGUCCCCAGGGCUACUCGUGCUGCACUGUGGAGAUGGAGGAGAAGCUGAGCCAGCAGAGCCACAGCGAAAUCAAAGCUCCAGUGUCUCAGCUCAGCACCAACCUGCAGUCCACCUUCAGACAGAGACACGGCCACUUCGACAAGUUUUUCCGAGAGCUGCUUAAAAACGCCGAGAGCUCUUUACACAACAUGUUCGUGCGCACCUACGGGAUGAUGUACGUCCAGAACGCAGAACUCUUCAAGAAGUUCUUCGAGGACCUGACCCGUUACUACGUGAGCGGAAGCGCCGCCAUCAACCUGGAGUCCAUGCUGUCGGACUUCUGGGCGGAGCUUCUGGAGCGGAUGUUUCGAUUGGUCAACGUCCAGUACGAGUUUAAUGAUGCCUACAUGGAGUGUGUGAGCAGGCACACGGAUCAGCUGAUGCCCUUUGGAGAUGUGCCGCGGAAACUUCGGAUCCAACUGACCAGGGCUUUUGUGGCAGCCAGAACCUUCACCAAGGGACUGGCCCUCAUGCCCGAAGUGGUCAACAAAGUGUCCACAGUCAGUGCAUCUCCGAGCUGUGUGCGUGCUGCCAUGAAGAUGUUAUACUGCCCCUACUGUUCGGGGCAGGUCGCGCUGAAGCCGUGUCAAAACUACUGUCUGAACGUAAUGAGGGGCUGUUUGGCCAAUCAGGCUGAUCUGGACACCGAGUGGAACAACUUCUUAGACGCCAUGUUGAGUCUGGCCGAUCGUCUGGAGGGUCCCUUUAACUUCGAGUCCGUCAUGGAUCCCAUCGACGUGAAGCUCUCUGACGCCAUCAUGAAUAUGCAGGAGAACAGCAUGCAGGUCUCACAGAAGGUGUUCCAGGGUUGUGGUCAGCCCAAACCGAGCAUGGCCUUCAGAACCAAGCGCUCGAUCAAAGAGACUGCGUUCACCGGCCGCUUCAGACCGUACAGUCCAGACGCCAGGCCCACCACCGCAGCAGGCACCAGCUUAGACAGACUGACGAAUGACGUGAAGAAGAGGCUGAAACACGCUAAGAAGUUCUGGUCGACGCUGCCGGAGACGGUGUGCGCAGGAGAGAGGAUCGCCCCGGACGAGUGCUGGAACGGCACCGCCAAAAGCAGGUAUGAGUCCGUCGUCAUCGGCAACGGCCUGGCCAAUCAGGUGUCGAACCCAGAUGUGGACGUGGACAUCACGAAGCCGGACAUUGUGAUCCGGAGUCAGAUCGCGGUGUUAAAGGAGAUGACCAGCUGGCUCAAAGCAGCACACAACGGCAAUGACAUCUCCAUUGAUACAGACGAAGAAGCGAGCGGAGGAGAGGAGAGCGGCAGCGGCUGUGACCCCCCCUCCUGCACCAGCGACCAGGACAUCUACUUCAGCACUCCCCCCGCCCCCCGCCUGGACCCUGUGGUCAAAUCCCCUUCUGGGUCUGCAGUCUCCAGAAGGGCCAGUCUGCUUUUGGCUCUCUCUGCUCUACUCCUGGCUCUGCUCAUCCCCCACUGGAGAUAAAGACUACAUGCACGAACCCAGGAACGGAAAAAAAACAAAAAGAUAAAACUGUCAGAGAGAGACUUUAAAGACUGCUAUCAAGACUUUGCAUAGGGGGCGCUGUUCCUAAUUCACUUUUAAUUAUUGUUUGCUUCAAUGGACUCAAGUGAAGCUAACGUCCCCCCUCCCAUUUUUGUUCUCUACGUCUUUGCUGGACCUGUCUACAUCAAAAACAGACUCUUGAAUUGUCUUACUCGGGCAGUUAUCUCUUGUGCCUUCUUCACUAAUUAUUACCAAACGAGCAAAGUUGCGAGAGCUAGUGGUCCGCAACGCCUUUUACUAUUUUCUAACAAUGUAGCAUAGACGGAGACACAAUUCAAAACAAAUCAUCCUUUUUGCCUUUUUUGAAUGUGCAAAGUUAUAUUUUCAACAAUGUAUAUACACAUGCAAGUUUUUAUGAAGCUUAUAGGGACCAUCUUGUGUGAAAUAUAGCAAAUUUGCAUUACCGGUAUUGCGUUUAACCUAAGGAUUUAGCUUAGGUUAAGUUACAUGCAUAUUUGUAUAACACUCGUUUUUCAUUUUAAAAUAGCAGUCAAAAUCUGGCUUCUGCAGUACAGUAGUAAGUUAUACCUCGUGCUCAAUAUCAAUGCAAUCUAGUGAUAUAAGAGUCAGGUACUUAAAAAUAAUAAGGCGAGAGAUGGUUUAAUCCUGUUAAAUGGGCAAAAGAUGAUGUUUGACUCCCCCUUGUGGUGACUACAUGCUAUGCACAGUCUUACAGGGGCGGCGUGUGUAUGUUUAAAUGUUGAAAAAAUGUGGAACAAAAGACUGUGUGGAUAAAAAGAAAAAAAAGAUUAUUUUAAUACAGGGUUUUAUAUUAUGGAGUUGUAAUUUUUAGCUGGUUUGAAGAUAUAUAUUAGGUACUACAGUGAUUUUUACUGCUAGUUUUAGGUGGUGGAAAGUCAGGCAAGGAGAAAUGGGGGCACUUUGUCUUAUUGUGCACAGUAUUUUGGGCUAAAACUAUUCAUUUUCUGGUUUUAAUUUUAUUUCUCUGAUUUUCUAUAGCCCGUUCACCCCCAUCCGCUGUUAUACGUGUACCACCAAAAUGGCCGGCGUCUGCAUCAUUCAAAAACAUCGGAUCAUUAUUCUUGUUUUGUUGUGAUUUCUCACUGUUUUUGCUGUUGUAACUUCUGUCACCACUCAAACAAAUGCAAUGCCUGAUUUCUUUUUAUUUUUUACCUAAAAUUUUCACAUGAAUGAGUGUAAGAUAUGAGUGUUGAUUUUACAAAGGCCCUGGUGGUUUAUUGUUGAGAAGCAGAUGAGCACAACACAAUAGUUUAUCUUUAUUUAAAAAUCUGGAUUUUUUAAAAACAUGACUUUACUUGUUAUGCUGCCUAUAAUGGGGUUUCCAAAACACAUGUAAAUCAUUUACAUUAUCCAAGUAUACUUUUUAAUAUACAAAGCAACACUAUUCAGCUUCUUUCUAAAAAUUUGAACUUUUUUUUUACAAAAAGUCUCUGAAACUGUACCUAAUAAUGUUGACAUAUUAUAUUUUUUGUCUAAUAUCAACUUGACAAUAAUUAAUUUAUACAAACGUUGCUUGGUGUUGCUUAAAAUUUCUUACCAUGUAUUUAAUUCACAAAAAAAUCAGAUCGGAAGAAUUCUUAAUAUGCAUUUUGUAAUAACGUUCACGUACUUGUCACUUGUCCCUCCUAAAAUGUCAAUGCAAGAAAGAAAGAUGGAUUUUUUGGGGGUUUUAUUUGAAGGUGACAAGAUGAUCGUACAGGUAUUUUUAUCGAAGGUGUUGAAUUGAAAUGGGAAUAUUGUACAAAACAUCUAUGCAACCUGUCAAAAAAUACUAAAGCCUUAAUUUAAAUGAGCUGUGCCUUAAAGUGGCUAGAUUUGGUAAUGAUUUUCUCCCAACUGAGUGCCAAUAACAUUUCAAAAGGGCUCGUGCAUGUGUUCAUUGAGUGGACAAAUGGUGUUGAUUGAAACCCUGUGUUUUGGGUGAAGAUGGAGUGCGUCUGAGCUAGCGGGGCACGGCUACAGUAGCAUUUGUGACCAGCAGGAGAUGGCCCGGUCCAAAAAUGCAGAAGAUUUGGUUCAACUUUGAGUCCUGGGACUUUAAAGUUAGGUUGGACAAAAAGCCAGUGCCCCCUUCAGGACCGGAGUGGACUCUUUAUUGAGGACUGACUGAAAAAAAAGAAGAAAGUGUAAAUACAGAGCAGGCGUUUUAGAAGUCUCUAAAAGAGGCCGUAACCUUCACCAGAUUUUUACUGUCAGAGUAUCUCCUAAAUGUUACGGAAAACCAGAGAUAGAUGUUACAUUGUAAAAGAAAAUGUAUAUUAAACAACAUUUCUUAGUCUUGUUGAAAUAAAGACUGCCAUAUUUAAACAAA